AUGCCUAUACAUGCAUAUACAUGUGCACAUUCAUACGAUAUUCAGGUGUAUAAAGACGGGGUAGUGUUAAUAGUUGCAAGCAGAGUCCACGCGAUCACAUCCCAAAUCUCCCCCACAAACGAAACCUCCUCCUCCGGCCUCGAAGUCCUGGAGUCGGAAAACUUUGUCAUGCGAUGCUUUCAGACCCUCACUGGCACCAAAUUCCUGAUAUUUGCUGAACCGCGACAGCAGAAUCUCGACGUGGUGGUACGGAAGGUGUACGAACUAUAUUCCGACUAUGUCAUGAAGAACCCAUUCUAUCAGAUCGAGAUGCCCAUACGUUCUGAAGGCUUUGAUCGCCAUCUGAACUCGUACAUCAAACCGCAUCAGUGA